ACGGUGCCAUCUCCUGCGGGUUUGAGUAACAUGGCGCCUUCUCAUUUAUUGAAGUGUUGUCAAAAGGUUUUAGCGUGGAUUCCUGUUGUUUUUAUUGUGCUUGUUGUUUGUUGGUCUUAUUAUGCUUAUGUAGUGGAGCUAUGCAUCUUUACCAUUCAGAGCACUGGAGAGAAAGCUGUCUACCUUGUGAUUUUUCAUCUGUCGUUUAUCAUGUUUGUGUGGUCCUAUUGGAAGGCAAUUUUUUCACAUCCAGCUACUCCAUCUGCAGAGUUCUUUCUUCCCAAAUCAGACAAGGAGCAGUAUGAGAGAGAAGAAAGACCUGAAGCUCAGCAAGUGAUUCUUAAACGAGUUGCAAGGGAGUUACCCCUGUACACACGAACAGCAACUGGAGCACUGAUUCAGGAAGAGUUGUGCUAUGCCAAGAUGCAGUGUGUUCUUAAAAUGGAUCAUCACUGCCCUUGGGUGAACAACUGUGUGGGAUUUUCAAACUACAAGUUUUUCCUGCUGUUUUUACUUUACUCUAUGAUUUAUUGCUCGUUUGUUGCAGCAACUGUUGCACAGUACUUCAUCAAAUUCUGGACAAAUGGCCUGCCGGAUACUCAAGCCAAGUUCCACGUUCUGUUCCUUUUUUUUGUGGCUGCUAUGUUCUUUAUCAGUAUACUGUCGCUGUAUAGUUACCAUUGCUGGCUAGUUGGUAGAAACAGAUCUACUAUUGAGGCCUUCCGUGCACCUGUGUUUAGAAAUGGCCCUGAUAAAAAUGGAUUUUCUCUUGGAGUGAGCAAAAAUUUGAAAGAAGUAUUUGGUGAUGAGAAAAAAUACUGGCUACUGCCAAUUUUCACAAGCCUUGGUGAUGGGUGUACCUUUCCAACUCGCUUGGUGAAUCUGGAUCCAGAGCAGGCCACAACUCCUCUUCCAGCUGAUUCUACAAAAAACAUUGGAGAUGGACAGACUUUUCCAACACGACCACUCAGUGAGUCUCAGAAUCGAUUACUCUCAGGUGAGCAGCAGUGGCCAGAAGAACAUUUGGGUGACUGCAUCAAACCAGGUGCUUGGGGCCACGUCGCAGUUCCAGUGGAAAGUGAUUCUUAAGUUUUUAACAGUUAUCUUUAUGACUGAUGUUAACAGGAUUUUUACAUUUUAAUCCGGGACCUGGCUUCAUUUUCUGAAUAUGGCUUAAUGCAACAAGAGAGAGUGCAACAAAGGUUGUUCUGAAGAUGAAGACCAACACGGGCAGGGCACCUCUUUUACUCGUGAACUGUAAUGAAUAUUGUAUAAGUUUCUAUGUUGCACAAUUUAACAGGUGCCUUAAAUCUUCAAGAAAUAUAUUUAUGCAACAUACUGCAAACUUAAUGUAGCACUGACAUUGAUGUUCUACCGUGAUGCUCUUUAUUUCUUAAUCCUUUCUUCCCUGUUGUUCUUUGUAGUAAGAUUGUCAAGUCACAGCUGCCCGAUUUUAAAAUCAGAAGCCUUCAGUAGAUGUGCACUAAAGAUGCUGAACAGUACUGUUAACAAUAAUUGAAAUAUGUACAGUGAAGGAAAUCAUGUCAUGUAGCUGUCUUGAAACAUUGUUUUUUACACUGUUUUCCCUUUAAGAUAAUUGAGUGGGGUUUCUUUAUAAGUGCCCAGAAAUUUGCCUUACAUUGCGAAGCAUGUUGUAAGAGCGAUUUGUAUUAACUCCAGUGGGGUAAGUUACUGUGUGAAUUUUCAAAAGUUUGCCCAUUUUUCAGUCUGAGGCUUUUUACGUGCAGAACUCCAUAACCUGGAACUGGCAUCUCACCUAUACAGUCAUUCCCUCACUGGUUUCUUUUUAGUUGCAUAUGUAAGAAGGCCAUGGUGAAAAUUGAAUUUGUAACUUCACAGAGCAGCAUUCUCUUGGCAUAUAAUUGGGUUGAUGAGAAUAACACAGCCUUCACACGUAGUCAUUCUUGCUUAUUCCAUUUGACACCUUAUACAGCGUUUAGCUACAUUGCAGAAUCCGUAUGGCAAGUAUCAAAUUAGGACCAUUAGUGUAAUCAAACUGAUUUUGUGUACAGGUACUGCCCUUUAAUUUUUUCCUCUACUGAGAUAAUUUUUUACUUCAGAUUAUUAACCAUGUCACACACACAAAUAUUUUAGUAUUCUGUACUUGCAGGCAGAAGUAACAAUAUUGUUCUGAAAGAGGAAAGCAAAAAUACUGGACUACAAAGCAGUUUUAAGGUUAUGUAGAGCACAGCACUACCACAACUCACCAAAAUCUCCUAUGGCUGGUUUGUUUCCGUGUGAGUGGUAGAAGGCUGUUGCCUUUGCCAAAAUCACCUGUUUUGAAUACAGUGUAACAUAAAAAAAAAAAUGGGCAUUUGAAAACGGGUAACAGUUCAUUUUCAUGAACUUUACUGACGGACGGCUGUAUUGUAUAAAAAAGACAAUACAUUUCCACCCAGAAUUGCAAGUUGUAAUGACAUGCCCACAGAGAUUACUUUUCUGCAUUCCUUUAACAUGUAUAUUGAGAAUUAAAAAAAAAUGCUUUAUUUUAGAUUUUUAUUUUUGAGAAAAACACUGCAUUGCCAUUUUCUUUCAUUUAUUCGAUUGAAGUUUGUUUUGGGAGAGACUGAGCCUGUCCAGGCCCUGCUCAUCCUGAAUGGGGCACCAGCCCAUUGCGGGACAUACAAUCACUCACUCAAAUGAUAUAUACACAUAUGUGCAUUGUAAGAGUCUUUUUAUUUCUCCUUCUACAUUCUUUUGGGAUGUGAGAAGAAAGUGGUGCACCUAGCAAAAGCCCUUGUAGACACAGAAGGUACCCAAGCUAAGAACCAAACUGAAAAACUGAGCACUCUGAGGCAGCAGUGUUAUGAUGCUGCACUGCAGCACCUGACCCUGCAUUUACAUGUUCAGUGUACUUUAAAUACUGAAUUUUCUUACCUGUAGACAUAUUCACUACCAUUUAAAAUUUAAGCAUGAACUCUUCAUGAUGGAAAAGUGUAGAUGCAAGUAUUUUUCCCCAUUUUGUCAGUUUUGAAUGUUACAUGUGUGUGUUGAGCAGAAUGGUUGUAAAGUAGUUGAAGAGACUGAGGACAUUCUUGUAAGCAUGUCAUUUCAAGCUGUCCUUCUGAACUUUUUUCUUCUGUCACUUUAAAAUGGAUUUUCUGAUUGCAUUUGAUAACAUACUACCAGCAACUUUGAACAGGGUGCUGUCUCACUUUAACAUGACAGUUUUAGUAAUUCCAGUUUAAAUUAAGCUUUAAUAAUUCUAGUUGAAAUGAUCCACCCCAGUCUGUAAGGGAAUUCUGACUUUAAGGCCCUUUACAGUCGAUAACUGUUGGUAUUUUCUCUUCUUAUAUUCUCCAGAUCAAGCACAGUUGUGAAAAUACUCUGCGUCUUCCCACACUCUGGGACAUGCAUGUUUUGCUGAUAUUCAUCAUGAUGAGUCAUAUGCCAAACUAGGAAGGCACACCCAGCCCAUAUUUGUCACUGUUAUUUUUUUCUGUUCUUACAGUUAGAUCUUGAUUUUGUGUAUGUUAAUGGAAAACUCCUAUGUUUAAUAAUUGAAUUGCAAAAAUCUUCUGUGUCUUCCUGCAUUUCUCAGAACACAAACAAGGAACCUUCAUUGGCACCAUGUAUUACUUUGGGAGAAGCCCAUGACGUAAUUAACAGCAAGUGGCAAUGUUUCAGAACAGGCAGCCACAGAAGAAGGUGGGAGAAGCUUGAGGCCUGCAUCAUCUUGAAUAAGAUGGUGACUUUGGUGCAUGACCAGCAUAGGGACUGGCAGAUAAGUGUUAUUUGUGAGAGGGACUGUAAGGUAGACUGGUGAAAGUAAGGAAUUUAAAGGCCAGACUUUGCACAAUGCCUCCCCUACAAAGUGUGUCCUUAUGGGGACCUUUGUGUGCUCAGUUUGCUAUUUUUUUUUUCCUGUGAUUAGCAGGAGCUUUAGUUCAUGGCCCUUGGUGACUUGGAGUAAUACUCUUACUGAAAAUACCAGGUCCUAUUCUUUUGUUAUUCAUUUACUCCAUUGUAAGUUCCAGAGACCAUAGCACCUUUCUGUCCCUUGCCAGGUAAACUUACUUGAGUGUGUGCUUGUUUUCCUCUUUGAACUUUUAAGUCUCUUAAGUGUGUGCCAUCAGUCCCAAUUUGAGUCCUUUCUUGCAGUUCAGAAUCUGGAAAAGUUGACUGAAUUCCCCAAUUCUGAGGUCAAGAUUUCUGAAAAAGACCCUUAUACCUUCUUCUGUAGGCUUCCCAUUGUCUGCGGUAAGUUUGACUGUGCUGAUGCGGCUAGGUCAGUAGCUCAGGAAUGUAUCUAGGCUGAAUGGAGUGAUUUAGGCUUUUAUACCCUCCUAAUUGAGCGGUCAUCCUUGAUUGGAUUUUCUUGAUUUAGUCAAAAACCUUCAAAAAAUGUCACAGGCUGUGAGGAUCUCUGUAAAACUUCCUGGAUUCCAGGCUUUCCCAGCUCAUCAGGAAGACCAUUCCAGUGAGAGGCAUAUUAAUUCAUGUUAUCUCCCACUUUGAGAACUGUAGUCAAGGACUGGUAGGUUCUGAAGUUUUUCUCAGUUGUCAAAUCUUAGAGAUGUUAAUUCUUUCAUUUGAAAGUACUCUGUUUUGGACAAGACCAUGUCCAAAGAAGUCUCAGAACAGAUUCUGAUGCUCAAAGGACUGCAUUUGAUCCUUUACUUUGGGAGGGGGGGUAUCUGCCUCCACCACUUACUAUGAAAGAGAUGAAAGUAACUACACUUCAGUGAUUAUAUAUGGAGUACAUCACAUAUAUCUGUCUAAACAGAAAUUGCAAAGGGGAUCGUGCACCAGAACAUGAAGGCAUCUGGAUUGUGUCAUUAGGCUUGAUGUUUUUUGGUGUAUUACUUGGCAGUUGCCUCAAGAGUUUCCAUUAGUUCACACUGGCUAGACUUCAGUUUCAGUACAGAAUGUUACUACUUGAUAUCUGUAUUGCAACCAGAAUGGUUAUGAUGGUACCAGUAAUGU